AUGGAACGUGCAAGGGGAUAUGGAGGGCACCGCUGUGUUGUGUUCCGACUCUUCGUCACCGAAGAUCUGACUCGAGAGGAAGCCAAGCUCGCAUUCGAGGAGCAAACAUCGGAGCUGCGAUUGACGAUCCACCAAUGGAAGAAACUGCUACGCGACCUCGGUAUCUUUAAGAAUAUUCGGGGGGAAGACGCUGUUCGUGCAAAAGCUAUUCUUGAUCAGACACUGGAUGGCCACCACUGCCUAGUCUUUGCAGAUGGUGUGCUUCAAGAGAACGAAGAGGUUAUCCGACACUGUGAUAGGAGAAAGGACCUGCCGAAGGAAAAGUCCGAUUCUCGGGAGCUCACCUGGAUCCGUCUACCAUUCCAGAUUACCAUGUUAAGCGACCCAACCGCUUUCAGGAGCUUCCAAUACCUUCUUUUUAAUACUCGGGUUCAUUUCGAGUCCUGCUUUGACAGUGGCGAAUGGGCCCCAAAUCACAAGGGACUAUACGCCAGGAGCACAGAGCUAAGAGCACAACUAGCAGGCCUCAGUAGGCUGCAUAACAUGGUCUUCCGUGCAUUGAGGCAAAUCAAGGCGGAUGAAAAUCAGCGAGCCGACGCAUUGCUAAACAGCUCCUUUGCUCUUCACCGAUCCGUCGUGGGAUAUCGUCACCAUCGCCAGCUCCCUGAUAUCCUUGGAAUACUACUCAUGGUCAAGAGAGCUGGCAACGAGGAGCUGCAGCAUUGCAUUAUAGCCAAUCUGGUUUCCAUGGCACGACAUGUGCUGCCACAGAAUGAUCCGCGCAGACUCAUGCUUGAAUUCUUGGAAAAGAUUGAUUGGGAGCAAUUAUGCCCCCUAUAUCUCGCGUUUGAUUCUUAUUGCCGUUUCUUGUGGAUGAACAGAGCAGGAAACGACCCUGUCAAAGGAUAUUUGUCUUAUAACCAGGCUAGGUUUCCCAGAGCUGAUGCGGGUGAGUUCUACAGCCUGUACAAAGGAUUGUCUGUCUUUGAAAUCGAGGACAUGCUCAAUAGAAUAGACCUCGAGCUCGGGAAAUACAGUCACGAGACUAUGACCCUAUGGCACACUGCAAUGGAGUAUCUGUGGAGUGAGCGGGAUCAAGACCCACAGCUGAACCACGAUGUUUCAACCACCUUUCUUCUUCUUGGUCUAGCACAGGAGGCCCAAGGGCACCCUUACACUGCGAGAUUGUCUUUCAAGCAGGCAGCAGAAGUUCGAGAUUCAAUCAUCCCGGGUGAUCAAUGGGAUGCUGCUAGAGAGGGGGCUCUGAGCAAGUGGGUAGAGGUAGAUCGCCGGGUUGGAGAGUUGCACACAGCGAACACCAACAGCAUGUUAAUCGAUAUGAUGUACACAGCCAUCUGA